AUGCGCUUCACCGAGACCGCCACUCUCGUCGUGCUCGCAGCUCGUGCUGGCUUGGCUCUUCAAGGCGAAUUCAAACAUGUCAAGGCUUUGAUUGUCCGCAACGAGGAAGGCAAACAAGGUGCACCGCCCUCAAGCUAUGAUGCUACUACCACUGGCGGAGGCGACCCAAGCUUCAAGCCACAUCGUCGCCCUGGACCAAAGCCACCAUCAUAUACCUCUGAUGAUCCAUCGACCGCGCCACCAUCAUAUACCCCUAGUGAUCCAUCGACCCGACCACCGUCAUAUACCUCUAAUGAUCCAUCGACCGGGCCACCGUCUUACGCUGUUCAUGUCGAUCCACCAACCGCGCCACCUUCUUACACAGGAGGUGGUGGUGGCGGCCGAGGCCGUACUGGCCCGGAACCGAUUCCUGGCUUUCCAUACUGUAUCGGUCAAUUCGCUUACGAGGGCUGCCCAUAUUGUCCAUCUUGGUACCCAGGGCCACCACCACCAGCACCACCUCUAGACAACCCAUGCCAGUAUGGCUGCGACCCACAGUGGUGCCCAUGGCAGUGCGAGGUACCGCCCAACCCAUGUUCCAGCAGCUCGAGCAGCUCAUCUGGCUGCUUUUAUCCACCGGUCCCAUGUUCUUCGAGCUCGAGCUCAAGCUGCAUUCAGCCGCCAGUUCCAUGCUCGAGUAACUCGGACUCUGAUAUCAGCUCCGGAUGCUACGUCCCCCCGACGCCUUGCCCGUACGAUCCCUCCGGUUCCACGGACUCUAGCAACUGUACCCCUCUCUGUCCUCUCGGCCAAUCCACUUCAAGCGAUGGUAACUGCAUUCCCAUCUGCGACCCUGGCUCAAGCUCAUCUAGCUACGGCUGCAUCCCGAUCUGCCCAUCUGAUUCGAGCAGUUCCGAUGAGUUCUGCGCGAAUAUUCUAUUCCCCGAUUCCUCAGCUCCAGGUUCGGAUGCCGCGGCUCCUGCUGGCGCAGGUAGUCCACUGGGUUCCAUUACUGGCAUUCUCGGAGGUCUGGGCAGAUGA